AUGAUCGAUCCACCCGUCGGCACCCGGCAUCGUCUUUGUCAACAGCACUUCCUAUUGGUCUCACCUCCGGACGAGGACAUAGUCCAGCAGGUGCCAGUGUCGCGACCGAGGGUGCAUCCAGAUCGCCUUCUUCCUCAUCGACAGGCGGGAGAAGGCGUUGGUCAGGAUAAGAUGGUGUUUUACGCAAGUUUGUCGGAGGAGCAGGCCAUUGCCACUAAAGCCCUCGAGACCACGGGGCCCCAGCAAUCCUCUCUAGACAGCAUGGUCUGUGCCGACGCGGGGGUUGAAGUCACCAGGGACAAUUAG